AUGAAGUUCUUUCACAAGCGAACAACCUCUCAGGCCUCUACGCUGGCUGGCCCGCCUGGCCCCGGUGGGCGCGGCCAGCUGCCCAUGCUGCAGAAUUCAAACGCUUUACGGUAUAACUUGCUUUGCGUUAUGGGGGAGUUUGUUGGCACAUUCUUGUUUCUUUUCUUCUCUUUUGCUGGUACUCAGGUCUCAAAUACACCUAUGCCUCCUCCUGGCUCGUAUCCGAAUACUUCCAAUCUGCUCUAUUCGGCGCUAUCUUUCGGCUUCUCUCUUACGGUUAAUGUUUGGACGUUCUUCCGCAUUACUGGAGGGCUUUUUAACCCGGUGGUUACCUUGGCUUUGUGUCUAACGGGUGGAAUGCCAGCUCUCCGUGGAAUCCUAGUCUUCCCCGCUCAGUUACUUGGCGGGAUUGCAUCGGCUGGUGUUGUGAGCGCCUUAUUUCCGGGUCCACUAAACUGCGGAACAAGACUCGGCGGCGGUGCUUCCAUUGCCCAAGGCCUGUUCAUUGAAAUGUUCUUGACCGCACAGCUGGUGUUGGUUAUCAUCAUGCUGGCCGUGGUCAAACAUAAGUCAACCUAUCUUGCCCCUGUCGGUAUUGGCUUGACGUUCUUCGUGACUGAAAUGAUCGGCGAUUAUUACACCGGUGGAUCUCUGAACCCCGCUCGCUCUCUCGGCCCCGAUGUCAUCAACCGCAGCUUCCCCGGAUAUCACUGGAUCUACUGGGUUGGACCACUUCUGGGGUCUCUAUUGGCCUCGGGAUUCUACCACCUGCUCUGCUGGGUUCAGUGGGAGAAUAUCAACCCUGGUCAGGACUUUAAUGAGUGGGAAGCUAAGGCUCGCAAGGAGUCCCAGGCCAAUUCGGAUAACACUUACACUGAUCAGGUCCACUCUCCUCCUCGCAAUGAGCCGGACAGCAGGGAUGUUUCUGUGUCCCCUGAGCAGCAGGUAUAA